CCUCCUCUCAUGGCGUCGCCCGCUCCGCUCUCCCUUGCUCCAAAACCCUUUCUCGCCCCACAAAAAUUAGCCAGGCCUCUCCCCCUCCCUCUAUUCCGGACUGCUGCCUCUCCUCUUUUCCGUCCACCGAGAGUCGGGCGUGGUGGGCUGGCUCUUGGGAGGAACCGAUCGAUUGUUCCCGGAGCCGCAGCGGUGUCUGGAAUUGAGAAUGAUAGGGUUUUGGCUGUGAAUAGGAGCGAAGAGAAGCCGAUCAUUGUUAUCGAUAAUUACGACAGCUUUACUUACAAUCUAUGCCAGUAUAUGGGAGAGCUGGGAGCUAAUUUUGAGGUAUAUCGUAAUGACGAAAUCACUGUGAAUGAUAUAAAAAGGAAAAAUCCAAGAGGGAUACUUAUUUCUCCAGGGCCUGGGUCACCUCAAGAUUCGGGGAUAUCAUUGCAAACUGUUUUAGAACUUGGGCCUUCAAUACCUUUGUUUGGAGUUUGUAUGGGCUUACAAUGCAUAGGAGAGGCAUUUGGAGGAAAAAUUGUGCGAUCUCCUUAUGGUGUAAUGCAUGGGAAGAGCUCUCUUGUAUAUUACGAUGAAAAUCAAGAAGAUAAUUUAUUUUAUGGCUUGCCGAACCCUUUCACUGCUGGUAGAUACCAUAGCCUUGUGAUUGAUAAUGAUAGUUUCCCUGGUGAUAUACUUGAGAUUACGGCAUGGACAGAAGAUGGACUGAUAAUGGCAGCUCGCCACAAAAAGUAUAGACAUAUCCAGGGAGUUCAGUUCCAUCCUGAAAGCAUCAUUACUUCUGAAGGUAAAACGAUGGUUCUCAAUUUCAUGAAGCUGAUCAAUAAGCUGGAUUCAGAGCCACUUCGAAAGGAAUAAUUUGAGUCUGAAUGCCACUAGAUAGAUGCUCGAUUUCUCCAAUGAAUAAAUGGUUGUGAGUUCACAUUUGGUCAUGUAGAAUCUGACCCAUUUUCUCAUCGAGCUAAGGUUGCAAAAUCAACCAGAUUGAUUUUUUGAUCAAAAAAUGUAUUAGGUGGGAGACAAAUUAUUUUUUAUUAAGAUUUGGAGCAAAUAAACAAAAAUGGCUUGUAUGGCAUUUAUAUUGAUACCCAUUUCGAUUCAA